GCGCGCGGCGGCGGGAUGGAGGCGGCGCGUGCGGGGCGGACGGCGGCGCUGGCGCGCGCUGUGCUGGAACGGGCGCGGCGGCGGCGGCGGCGGCCGGCGGGACGGCUCCUGGCCUCGGCCCCGGAAGAAGAUUCAGAACGUCUUAGUGCAGCAUUUGCCUCAAUAGUGAACUUGAUGAAUCAAGCUACAAAGGAAUGUGAGAAGUACUAUAGCUUCAUGGCAGCCUGUAAAUGCAAAGAGCAUGAAAUCAAACACAUCUGCAGAUACCAUGGCAGGCAAGCUGGGGAAACAGAGCUGGAAUCCUCUGAGGAAGAGAGGACUGAAACUUCUGUAGCACCCAGUCAAGCUCAAACUUGCCAGCAACGUACCAGACAGGCUUCUGAAGACAUCUACAUUGAAGUUUCUCCUGGCACCUAUUCUGUCACAGCAACCUCAGAGGACAUGGUGCAACAAACCCACGUGGUGGAUGUCGACGCAGGACAAAGUGUUGAUUUAACUUUUGUUCUAUGAUGUUUGCUGUUUCUGGGCAAUCACGGGAAUAAAAGAUGAAGCUGUUUUAAUGCAUGUCAUAAACUAUGUAUAUCUUUUUCUUGUUAGCACUUUAAUAGUAUCCUCCUCUUUGGGACUCCAUUUUUAUGGCCUGUAUAUUUGUUUUCUACUUAAUGCAAUUAUAUGCAGCCCACUUUGUACACUGAUUUUAUAAAUAUUUGUACAUUGUGUGCCUUAAAUCCAAUUAUGUGACUGUAAUUCCAGGUUCUCAUGCUUUAAAUAAUUAAAGAUACAAUCAAUGGAAUAAAAUACAUAAUUUAGUCUUUAUGGCAACAGCUUCUUUUAUAUUUUCCACAGACAGAACAUCCGUGUCGCAUUGUUGACCACAGAGAGCAUGAUCCAUGUGACACGAAUACGUAUGUACAUUAAAAUAAGUGCCAGCCCACAGAAGGCAGAGCAGCUACCCUGAAUUGUCUCCUAUUUCCUGCAGGGGAAAAGCACUGCUGAGCAACUGCACGCUACAGCUUAUGGCCAAGUUCAGAUGCUUUAAACAUAAGCAGUCCCACUAACGAGACUCCCUGGCUGCUUAUCUCUCCCAAAGGAUCAGAUUCCAUAGUUAGAAUUAGUGAGAUGACCUAUAUAUAGCUGUAAUCUUUUUGUAGCUGAUGGUAUUAAGGUUUCUGUUAAUUUUCAUGGGAAUGUAAAAUUCAGUGGCUUGAAUGCUGGAUCUCUGAGCAUGUUGUUGUUUGUAUCUAAGUAGCAUGUCCUUCACUCUCUGGCUACUUCUGCUUUAAUCCUGAAAAAAUUAUUUUUGUUUGUCAGUUUGUAUUGUUUCUCCAUUCCUUCUGGCUUUUUACAAAAAGAAAUCACUAUGCUGAAUUCCUCUGGUGGACUCCAGAGAACUGUAGACAAAUUGAAGGUUUAUUAGAUGCUGGCUGUGCAGCUGUUCAGGCUUUUAAUGCUCACACUGUUUUACCUGAUCUCUCCAGAACUGUAAAGUCAAGUCAAAUAAUUAGAUAUUUAAUAUAAUACCCUGGAGUAAAGAAUGAGGAUGCUGAAAUUCCACAUGGGUGGAAAUGGGAGUUUCUCAGUUAUUAAAAUUACAGUUUAUCCAUAAGUAUAUUCUACAGAGAGACUACCUAAAACAGAACUUGAUGUGCUUAAU